AUGUCAGCCGAAGCUGAUGCACGAAAGUCAGUCGCAGAUGAAGCACAGAGAGCGGAGUCGGCUGGUCUGACUGCUAAAUGGGCAGACGCAGCAGUGCGGGAGAUGAUGACAGCAGUAAACGUGGACGACGCUCGACAGAAGGCGUUACUUGUGCUGCAAGCUUUUGAGAAGGAGGCUGUGGAUGCUAAGCAGCCAGAUCAAUCGACUGCUUUUGCAAUUCACGCUGAACAGGCACGUCAAUCAGCUUCAGAAGUUCAAGUGCUGCAGCAGCAGGUGGGUGUAUUGAGCAAGGAGAACCAGAUUCUGAAGCGAGCAGUGGCGAUCCAGCACGAGAAGCAGAAGGAGCAUCAGGCGCAGAACGAGGAGGUUGGGAGGUUGAGACAAGCGCUGGCCCAGUAUCAAGAACAAGUGCACAAGCUGGAGGUGGCUAACUAUGCCCUCAACCUCCACCUUCGCCAAGCCAAUGAUGCUGUGAACCAUGCAGCUAUGUCAGGCCGCUUCCAUCCUGAUGUCUUCUAG